AGCCACAACAAGGUCAUAUGGCCGAUAGGCGUCCCACUUGGCAUUCUAUUGUUUAGUUUCAUAGUAACUGCCCAAGCGUCGCAGAAAGGAGUUGACCAGGGCAGGCAGAGGAGCCAGUUUGGGAAUACCAAUUUGUGUACAUAUUUUUCUAUUCAAUUUUUGCCCAUUACAAUCUGUGGAGAUGUUUAACAGUCUUCUAAGGGAAUUCGACGAGGAUCCAUUCUUUGCCUCAGCAAGUGAUCCGUUCCAGGCGCACAGUGAGCGCGUGCGACAGAUGAUGCGCAGCUUCUCCGACCCGUUCGGCCACGGCCUGAUGCCCAGUCUGACUGACGGGAGAGGCCGCGUCCAGACGCAGACGCAGCCCAACGGAGCUCUGCAGGAGAACCAGAACCCCAGGGGCAGGAGCAACUCGCUGGUCCCCUUCGGCUUCGGGGAUCACAUGGGUAUGGAUCUGAGGAACCCCUUCAGUAUGAUGGACAACAUGAUGAUGGGCAUGCGAAGUCGGAUGGACGAGAUGCACAGGAACUUUGAGAACCUGUCGACAGACUCCAACACCCACUCGUUCAGCUCCUCCUCCAUCUCCACCUACUCUAAAGUGGGCAACGAGCCGCCCAAGGUGUUCCAGGCCCACAGCCAGACACGGCGAGCACCCGGAGGGGUCAGUGAGACGCGGCGCAGCCUGAAGGACUCGGACAGCGGCGUGGAGAAGUUGUCUAUCGGCCACCACAUCCAGGACCGCGGCCACGUCAUCGAGAAGAAACGCAACCACAAGACCGGCGAGCGCGAGUUCAACCAGGAUUUCCAGAACAUGGACGAGUCUGAGGCGGAGGAGUUUGACGAGGAGUGGCAGAAGGAGGUAUCGAAGUUCCAGCCCGUGGCGCCCCUGGCCAGCAUCGAGGCGUCCAAACCCAGAGCCCGCACCGUUCACCGAGCUGCCAUCGCCGCCCCCGACAACGCCAGGAAAAGCCCUAAAGUGGAGGGGACGAAGACCCACAUCCACGAGAUCAAAGUGCAGCGGCCUGGUGUGCAGGAGCCCUGAGCCAAUAAAACACUCGUGUGAUCGGUAGCAGCAA